AUGCCAUCUGACGUGAACGAGCGCGUCGCCCUCGUCGGACUAGGAGCCAUCGGCAUCUCCUUUGCGGCCCUUUACCUGAGACAUACAAAGAGCACCGUCAGGGUCUUUGAUACGAGGCCAGACCUCGAACAUCACCUUUCCACAGUCCUGCCGGGUUACAUCGACUCGGAUGAUGCCUCGCUGGGCAUAUCCCGCCUGCGCGAGUCCGGCCGCCUCGUGAUCUGCACCACGCUCGAAGAGGCAUGCGACGGCGCCACCAUCGUCCAGGAGCAAGUGGUUCACCCUUUCAAUCCGCCGCACAUCAUGCCUUUGAUCGAAAUUGUCCCGUCACCGACUACAAACCCGGACGAAGUCAGGUUUGCCAAAAAGUUAUUUGCGGAAUUGGGUUCUGGCCACCGACCUGUGGUUAUCAAGAAAGAGGUUCCUGGUUUCGUAGGGAACCGAUUGGCGUUCUCGCUGCUCAGAGAAGCUUGUUCACUGGUUGAUCAGGGCGUCGUUAGCACGGAAGAUGUUGACACCAUUAUGGAAGCGAGCCUUGGGCCCAGAUGGGCGGUGCAAGGCAUCUUCAAGUCGUACAAUAUGGGUGGCGGGGUAGCUGGAAUCCAGGCCUUCUUGAAUAACCUUUCUGGGACUGUUCAAGGGGUAUGGGAUAGUUCGGAACCUGUGAAUUUCCAGAAGAAGGCAACGAAUGAGUCAGAGGGCAUAGAGAAGAGUGACGGGCCGACGUGGGAUGCGAAAGUUGUGCAGCAGACUGUGGAUGCCUACGGUCUGCCCAAUCCGGAGCAAUUUCGAGAGCGAGAUGUAGCGUUGAGGAAGAUUUUGGAUGUUCAACGACAGCGAGAGACCCAUACUAAGAAGUAG